CGACUCGGGUGGCCGCAGCUCUCGUCCAGACGUCCAGAUGUAUGCCCGCAACGUUCUGCUGAGGAGAAUGUCUCGUCCAACCGCAACAGCAGCUCAACGAACAGCAGCAAUUGGCCGUCAUCUCAUGUCCACCUCCGCCCCCACACCCACCCCAAAGGCCCGUGUGGACGCCCCCGAUGAAGCUCCGGUGCUGUUCGAGUCCAGCGGCGCAGUGCGCACCUACGUUCUCAACCGGCAAAAGAAGCUCAACGCCCUGAACGAGCCUAUGCUUAACUUGCUCCGCCCUCAGAUUGAGGAAUGGUCUCAGGGUGAACUGGCGAAGGUCAUUGUUGGUCGGGGCGCGGGUCGGGCGUUUUGUGCAGGCGGUGAUGUUGAGAGCGUCGUGCGCUAUGCUAGCGAUCCGGCGACGCGGCCUCAGGCUAUCGACUUCUUUCACAGGGAGUUCGAAAUGGAUUACAUCCUCGCUGCGGUGCCGAAACCAUACGUGUGCGUAAUGGAUGGUAUCACAAUGGGAGGAGGCGUUGGUCUCGCUGUCAACGCGCAAUUCCGGAUCGCAACCGAGAAGACUGUAUUCGCCAUGCCAGAGACGAAGAUUGGAUAUUCCCCCGACGUCGGAGCCAGCUACUUUCUUUCCAGAGUCGAUGGAGAGAUCGGAACGUACCUUGGGCUGACAGGUGCCACUAUUACCGGUCGUGCGGUGUUUGAACACGGCUUUGCGACGCACUUUGUGGAGUCCCGACUCGUCCCCGCCCUCCUCGAGCGCCUCGCAGCGUUGGAAAAUCCCACUCAUCAACGGAUAAACGCACUGCUCGAGGAGGCGAGAUCCGAACGCGAACCGGACGAGCCGACUACUGCCAUUGUCGGUGCCAAGCGGGAGGCGCUCGACUCGGCUUUCAGCUUCAACACCGUGGAGAAAAUUGUGGCGGCGCUGACCGAGACCUCCACCAGCCAUCGGAAUGAAGAGGUCCGACAGUGGGCAGCGAACACUCUGGACGAGUUGGCGCAACGCAGUCCGACGAGCCUCAAGGUGGCACUCGCCGCCAUUCGUAGGGGGAAGCAGAUGACGCUCCUGGACGCCCUGCAGAUGGAAAUGAACAUCGCCACAGCUUUCUGCAGCGGCGCCACGCCGGACUUCAAGACCGGUGUCACGGCCGUGCUUGUGGAGAAAAUCAAGGCGCGGCCUGCAUGGUCGCCGGCUCGCCUAGAGGACGUGAACGAUAGCGAGCUACUCAAAAAGUUCUUCUCCGAGUUCACGCCUGACAAGGAGACUGCGCCGAGGAUUACACCUCCGCCCUAUGUGGAAGGGAACAAAACGAUAGACCCGAUGCAGUUCGCACUCCCUUCCGAGGCGGAGAUUCGCUCCAUGGUCGACGGCAGCCACAAGUCCAGCGGCGCUACGGAGAUCACCCUGGACGAGCUUCUCGACAAGUUCAAGAGCUUGCGCAAGGGCAAGGCUGGCGUUCGCGAGAAGAUUCUGGAGGUCGUCGAGCGCAAGUGUGCCUUCGAGGAGGAUAAGCACAUGAACAAGCAAUGGCUGAAGUGGAAGCAUUGAUCUACACAUACACCACUACUCCUCACGGCGCCCUUCGUACGUAAUUCUCCAGCCCCCUCGGCCCUGUAAUGCUAUAUCGUAUAGACAUCUCUUACCUCCCCGAAUCUUCGACCAUACGCUUCGACCGCUAGCGCUGAAGCGCUGAAUAUCGACACUGC